CACACACACACACACAGAGACACACACACACACACAGAGACACACACACACACACACACACACACACACACACACACACAGAGAGACACACACACACACACACACACACACACACAGACACACACACACACACACACACACACAGAGUCGAGCAGAAAGCUGUUCACAGACUCAUGUAACUUACAACUCCCAGGGUGCAUUUCACCUCGAAGCAGCCAAUCACAGAGCUUCAUACUGAUUUCCUGCGCCUUCAGUUCAUUUAAGUUUUUGACUCUUUAACAUUUUUAAAAAGGUUCAGUUGCCAUGGAAACAUUACACCUCUUUGUGAUGUCAGCAGCUGAGGCUCAUGGGUAAUGUAGUAUCAGAUGUUUUUAUGCAGAUGUGGAGGAUGAAGUAGGAUUUCCUCCUCCUCCUCCUCCUCCUCCUCUUUAGUCUGUUCUUCUUCUCUCUAAAGCUCCUCCUUAAGUCACUUCCUGUUUCCUGUCCUUCUCUACAUGUCUUCUGCUGUUUCCUCCUCCUCCUCUCCCCCCCCCCCCUCUGUAGUUUGAACAUGUGGAUCCUCAUUGUGUGCAGACCUGUGCAGUGUUCAGGUGUCUGUGAAGCUGUAGGAGAAGUGAAUGUGUGAGUUCAGGAGGAUUUGAUCUGAUGGGGUAUCAGAGGAGCGUGUGGCGCAGCCUGGGAGGAGGAGGUGGUGCUGUGGUGAGGUGUUCAUGUUCAGAGGAGGAGGUCAGGAUCUCCUUCAGGAGUGUCGGGGAGGAGCGGCUGCUCAGACGACUGAGACAGACCCGUCGCUGGUUUGAGUCGCCCCGCCUCUCCGUCUGCAGUAAUGAGCGCGCUCCGUCGGCCACGCCCUCCGACUCCUCAGAGCCCCGCCCACUCAGCCUGAUCUCCACGCUGUCCUCAGGAUCCGGAUCCUCCCGGGACGAGAACCCCGCCCCCCCUCCGUCUGACCAGACCCCGGCACUCAACCUGGACCUGAGCUCUGAGGGGGGGCCAGACAGGAAGGGGCGGAGCCACUGCAUUGCCAGCAACAACAACAACAAAGAGCCGUUCGUCAUGGCUCCUCAGCUGACCUACCUGGAUCGCGUCGUCAUGGAGAUCAUCGAGACGGAGAGGAUGUACGUCAGAGACCUGCGCAUGAUCGUAGAGGAUUACCUGGCUCACAUCAUCGAUCAGUGCGACCUGUCGAUUCGUCCCGAGCAGGUGUGCGCUCUCUUCGGGAACAUCGAGGACAUCUACGAGUUCAACAGCGAGCUGCUCCAGGCUCUGGACCUAUGUGAUAACGACCCGGUGGCGGUGGCUCGCUGCUUCGUCAUGAAGAGCGAGUACUUUGAGAUCUACACUCAGUACUGCACUAACUACCCAAAUUCGGUGGCGGCGCUGACGGAGUGCAUGAGGAAUAAAUCUCUGGCCAAGUUUUUCCGGGAGCGCCAGGCGUUACUGAAGCGCUCGCUGCCUCUGGGUUCAUACCUGCUCAAACCCGUUCAGAGGAUCCUCAAAUACCACCUGCUGCUCCAGGAGAUAGCGAAGCACUUUGACCCGAUGGAGGAGGGUUACGAGGUGGUGGAGGACGCCAUCUACACGAUGACGGGUGUCGCCUGGUACAUCAACGACAUGAAGAGGAAACACGAGCACGCUGUGAGGCUCCAGGAGGUUCAGUCUUUACUGCUGAACUGGAAGGGUCCUGACCUCACCACGUACGGAGAACUGGUCCUGGAGGGAACCUUCAAAGUCCACCGAGCCAAAAACGAGAGGACGCUCUUCCUGUUUGACCACAUGCUGCUGAUCACCAAACGCCGAGGAGAACACUUUGUCUACAAAACGCACAUCUCUUGCUCCACUCUCAUGCUGAUUGAAAGCGCCAAAGACACCCUGAGCUUCAGCGUGAUUCAUUACAAACAUCCCAAACAGCCUCACACCGUGCAGGCGAAGACGGUGGAGGAAAGGAAGCUGUGGGCUCAUCACAUCAAACGCACCAUUCUGGAAAACCACCAAGCCAUCAUCCCACAGAAGGCUAAAGACGCCAUCUUGGAAAUGAAUCCUACAUACCCUCCGCGGUAUCGUUACAGCCCCGAGCGGCUGAAGAAAGCGUCCUCCGUUCAGUCUGAUGAGUUUCAGCGAGACGGUCGCUAUGGGAGACGACAGUCAGAACCCGACAAACAGACGGUGAAGAGCAGCAAAGGAGAUGUUGACGUCCUGCAGCAGUCACACAGUGAGGGGGGGUCACCAGGGGCGGGGCGAUCCACGCAGCCCCUCAACCCUGAGGAGGAAGAGGAGGAGGGGCUGAUCUGCAGUGACGAAGAGGAGGGGGGCAGGUUGUCUCCUCAGCGGCUUCAUCGGGCGGAGGACAGCGAGCUGGACGACCUGUUGGAGGACGAACAGCCGCAGGAGGCGGAGGGAGGCAGCGUCUCUGCUGACAGCUGCGACAAAGAAAACGUCAGACUUCCUAAAGAAGACGAGGAGGAGGAGGAGGAGGAGGAGGAGGAGGAGGAGGGUAGAGAUCAGGACACACAUGAGCAGGCCUCCUCAGAAAAUACAACAAAGGAGAAGACUUCGAAACAGACUACAGUCCAAGAACCAGAACCCCCCUGUGAUUCAGACAGUCUGUCCUCUACACCUGCCGGGACCUCAGUUUCUCCUCAACGGUCUCAAGUGAAACCUGAAAGAGCUGCAGAACACGUAGAGCGACAGUCCUCAGCGACGCCCGAUUCAGAUUCAAAAACGCUGAGCAGUGCAGAAUCCUCGGAGGACGAGGAGGAUGAGAAGGCGGCGACAGAGAAAGAGGGUGAAGCCACCAGCAUCCUUCCUUCCUCUGUCCUGGACAAAGCGAGCGCCAUCGCUCAACACUUCACUAACAGCAUCAAACGAGGUGGCUUGUCCCAGGACGACGCCCGCUCCCUCGGCUGUGCUUCACCACGUCUCCUCAGCAGGACCAGCAGCAGCCUCAGCCUGUGCCCCGAACCCUCAGACAGAACUUUGCGGCUCAACAGCGCCUGUUCUGAUCCUCCGGAGACUUUUGGCUCGACAGAUUUGACCCUGCUGUCCCCUCGGGAUGACGCCCUCUUUGAUGCCGACAGAAGCAUUCGGCGGAGGCGGGACUCGGCCCUGUCCAAGCAGGACCAGCUGCUCAUUGGAAAAAUCAGGAGCUACUACGAGACCGCCGAGAACCAGGGCGCCACGUUCAGCCUCCAGCGCAGGGAGAGCCUGACAUACAUCCCAAUGGGGGUGGUGAGGAACUCUGUCAGCCGCUUUAACAGCAACCAAAACGAUGAGAGUGUCCAAACAAACCCCUCAGCCAAAUCCCUCAGGCUGCAGUCAAACUCAGCUUUACCAACAGGUACCUGGGCUGACAUAGUGACUGAUGACUGUUUGGAUCCUCUGAAGUCUGAUCUGGUGGACAAAGAGCCAGAAGAUUCAGGAGAAAGCACCAGGACCAGAUCUCAAAGUGUGCAGGACAAUCCAUGUGAGGAAGAGGAGUUCAGACCUUCAUCUGAUAUGAUCAAGAUCUGGCAGACGAUGGAACAAGAAAUCAACAGAAGUGAAGACAGAGGGUGUGAUCGAUCUCGAGAAGCUCAAAGAAAAUCCAGAGCGACUGAUGACAACCUGUCUGAGACACCGAAGACCCAAAAUAAAAUCUGUGACCGAGACAGUGGAGCGUCUGACCUUAGCACCAUCACAGAGGAAUCCACGAGUCCUUCGCCCCUAAAGCACAAAGUCCCUGGUGUGAACCACACAGGAAAUCUGAAAGACUCUCUGAGGACAUUCAGGGAAGAGGCUGCCGUCUUCAGAGCUCCGGUUCCUCGGGUUGCACAGCUAAGGGCAGAGGUAGAGGGGGAAAGACCCGGCAAGGAUUUAGACCAGCUGGAUGAAACAGACAAAACAAACAGCAAAGUUCUCCAUCUAGCUCGACAGUACAGCCAGCGUCUUAAAACGACCACUCCAGUGGUCCGACAGAGAAGUCAGGGCCUGCUGAUUGGCAAGAAGAGCUUACCCUGCGUGUUGGAAGAGAAGGAAAGUGCAGGAACUGUGACGUCCUGUUUACCUAAAGGUAAACCCAACCUGACUCUGCCACUGGUUUCUCAUAGCCAAGCAUCCUCUCUACCGUUGAGCCCAGUAGACCAGAUCCAGUUUCCUUCCCCUGGACUCACCUGUAGUUCAGUGGGUAGUUCCAGGGUGGUGUCCCCGGGCAGGGCUCGGUCCCACAGCCCCCCCAGCCCUACCCCUCCCACCGAGAACUUCAACUGGCCUGACGUCCGGGAACUCCGCUCCAAAUACUCCAACCCUGCUAGACCCCAGAAGAGUACCGUCAGCCGGAGUCGCUCUAUCCCGGAGAAGAUGUCUGAUGGUGGACUGAGGAGGCAUUCCAGCUGCUCCUCCAGCCUCCCCCGCAUGGAUGAGGCUUCUUGUGAGGUUCCUUCUCACAAGCCUUGUGGCAGCUGGGACGCUGGUCGAGAGGAACGCACCAAAAGGCUUCUCAGAGCCAAUUCUCUGGACCCUCGACUGAGUGCAGAACAAAUGACUGAGCUGCAGAAGCUAAAGGACCAGGUUGCUAACGAUAACGACGAUGGUUACUACAUUGCAGCUGAGGCGGUGCUACCAAAUGAUCCAGAACACAAGAUCAUCGUUAUGGAGAAACUUCCAGAUCUGGAGUCAGAACCUGAGUCAGAAUGUGCAGAAACAGCCAAAACAGAGUCCAAAAAAGAUGAAGAGGAGGACGACAGCUACAUCCAAAUUCGUUCACCGACCAGCAGGGAGAAGAUCUCCAUCAUGGCCGUCAUAGACCGCUGCCGGGCCUAUCAGGAGUCUGACGAAUAUAAACAGAGGGAGGAAGUGAGAGCUAAAACUGAGCCCACAAGGCCUCAAGAGCUUGACAUCAGCGCGGCAUCCACCAAAGAUCAGGACGUUGAAUCCCAGAAAACAAGCUCAAACUCAGGGCUGAAGACAGAGGCUGGUCAGCAGAGCAUCGUGAAAAAUCUGAGGGACAAGUUUCAGAACCUCAGCUGAAAAGAAGAAAACCAAAGACAUGUAAAUUGAGGACUGAACUGUUUGAACUCUUCAAGUGGUCAACAGUGAGCCUGUCAGCUUAUUCCCUUUGUAGACUUUGUACAACUAGAGAGGACGGUUUCUGCUUUCCGGAAGGUUUUUAUGUGUAAUUAUUCCAAAUGUUAUUUUGCAUUAUAAAACGGUCAAGAAGAAAACUGUCAGCUUGUCAUUAAGGGAUGGGAUUAAGGGUCAUUAAGCAAUGACGUUGAUUAUAUAACAAAGAGCAUAAAGACAGAAUAUCUUUUUAUGGACUGAUCCAAAAACAACUUUCAAUAGAUCCUGUGUCGUCUUCAUUUUGUAGAUAAUCAUGUAAAAACAAAUCCUUUAAAAUGUCCUCACUCUUAAUAUUGGUGAAAGCACCUUUUUGUACAGGAUGUAAUGAUAUGUUGCAGUUUCAGUUCUGGGAGUUUUUCCCCUCUCAGUCGUUGUCCAUGAAAAGAGCUUUAAGCAGCCGUCAGUCUGGUUUUUACAGUCGUCUUUUCUUUGCAGUUCUAAAAGCUUCACAUCAGAGCCACAGCAAAGAUUGUGAUUCUCCAAUGAAUAACUGCUACAAGAGAACUAACGUUCUUUACUCUGCUGAACAACUUUUCUGUUCUUUUUAAAGGAACAGUCCCACAUUUAAAUCAAUCACUGUCUUCUCUGCACUCAGAUGAAUCAUUGUCAUCUCAGUGUGACAGCACAGAGGUUUAGCCUAGCUUAGCACAAAGACUGACAGCAGGAAGAGCUGUUAGCCUAGCAUCAGAAACCUUCAGACGUCUCUGGAGCUGAAAAAACUUUUAUCCUGAGUUAAACCAUGCGACAGUGUAAGCAGUGAAUUAAUAUCUUAGUACGCUUCUUUCAGGUCAAUGCUCUAAAAUAUCUGAACUCAUAUCAUUCAUAAUAAUAAAGGACAAGAUCAUAUAAACACUACAUAAUCAUCUGUAAAUAAUCUACUAAAUAAAUAAGUAUCUAUAAUUAAUCUGCAAUGAUGAGAUUACCUCUUCAGGUGUGACUCUACAUUUUGUGAAUCAUAUCAAACGUUAACUCAAAAGUAACAAACAAACGUAACUUUUGAAAAGUGUCAGUUUGUCUUUUAAUGAAUAUUAAAUACUUUAUUUCAGGCAUGUCAGAUUUGAUCAUCAGCAGUAUCUAAGGUGUUUCUACGUCACAAACACAGGAAGUGAUGUCAGCAUGGUGCUGUUUGGAUGGUCUCGUCAGUAGCUCGUUAGCUCACGAGAAUAAAACAUUAUCAGAUCUACUGUAGGCUUCUCUACUUGUUUUAUGAAAAUCAUUCAUUUUUAAAGAUCAACAUUUCGGUCUCACAGAGUCAGAAUGUUCUUAUAGGAACAAAUCAGCUUCACUAGGAGAGAAAUAAAGGAUUCAUCAAUAAAUGAGCUGUAACAUUUUCCCCUCAGCACUUUUGACUUAAAGAUAAAAACAAAUAUUUUGCGUGUCGACGCUUUUACAUACAUCAUUGAUUUCAAAUAAAGCAAUUAAAGAUGGUUUUAUUCUCAGCAUACUAAUUAUAAUUCAUACAUUAUACAUAACAUAGUUUAUUGAAAUUAUUGGAUGUAUUUCUUUUUUUGUGCCUUUUAGUUUGUCAUAUUUAUGUAAAGUUUAUUUAAACAUAUUUACUUUGUUCUUUAUUUAUUCCCUGAUGAGUCAACUUUGUUCUCUACACACAAAAGUUACCUGAAUUAGAAUGUAAAUGUUUUAUCCACAUCGCUGUCACACUGUGGAUCUCUGUGGAUCACUGUGGAUCUCUGCAGAUCUCUGUGGAUCUCUGCAGAUCUCUGUGGAUCACUGCAGAUCUCUGUGGAUCUCUGCAGAUCUCUGUGGAUUUCUGCGGAUCUCUGUGGAUCUCUGCGGAUCACUGUGGAUCUCUGCGGAUCUCUGUGGAUCACUGCAGAUCUCUGUGGAUCACUGCAGAUCUCUGUGGAUCUCUGUGGCUCACUGGGCUCACUGUGGAUCUCUGCGGAUCUCUGUGGAUCUCUGCGGAUCUCUGUGGAUCACUGCAGAUCUCUGUGGAUCACUGCAGAUCUCUGCAGAUCUCUGUGGAUCACUGCAGAUCUCUGAGGAUCUCUGCAGAUCUCUGUGGAUUUCUGCGGAUCUCUGUGGAUCUCUGCGGAUCACUGUGGAUCUCUGCGGAUCUCUGGAUCUCUGUGGAUCACUGCAGAUCUCUGUGGAUCUCUGCAGAUCUCUGGAUCUCUGUGGCUCACUGUGGCUCACUGUGGAUCUCUGCGGAUCUCUGUGGAUCUCUGUGGAUCACUGCAGAUCUCUGUGGAUCACUGCAGAUCUCUGUGGAUCUCUGCAGAUCUCUGUGAAUCUCUGUGGAUCACUGUGGCUCACUGUGGAUCUCUGCGGAUCUCUGUGGAUCUCUGUGGAUCACUGCAGAUCUCUGUGGAUCUCUGCAGAUCUCUGUGGAUCUCUGUGGAUCACUGUGGCUCACUGUGGAUCUAUGUGGAUCUCUGUGGAUCUAUGUGGAUCACUGCAGAUCUCUGUGGAUCACUGCAGAUCUCUGUGGAUCUCUGCAGAUCUCUGUGGAUCUCUGUGGAUCACUGUGGCUCACUGUGGAUCUCUGUGGAUCUCUGUGGAUCUCUGGAUCUAUGUGGAUCUCUGUGGAUCUCUGUGGAUCUAUGUGGAUCUCUGUGGAUCACUGCAGAUCACUGCAGAUCACUGUGGCAGAUGUGGGACUUGAACCUGUGACUGUCCUGUAACUACCGGUCCACCCCGCUCAUCAUGCUCCUCUGUCAGUAGCUCGCUGUUAGCUUCCUGUACCUGCUCUUUAUCUCACCUGAUGUGAGUAGAAACACACUUCCUGUGUAUAACUGUGGUUUCAUGUGUGUGUGUUUGUACAGAUGUGUUUACAUGAGAGGACCACUGUUCUGUUUCCAUUAAAAUCCCAUGUACAGGAUCAGCA